ACAGUCCGUGCCUCCCGCCAGCCGGAUCGCUUGGAGUCGGCAAGGAGAGAAAGUGGCGGUCAGGGAUGGAGCUGCUGCCAUGACAACCCCGGCGGUCGGGGCCCGCGCGCGUCGGGGCUGCUCCCGGGAGGAAGGCAGCGCGGAGGCCGGGGGCGGCCGCUGAGCGUGGCGUCCGCGGCUCCGGUGGUGCCGACUGCGCUUCGUCUUCUGCAGCGAGCCAGAGAGCGGGCUAGGGACCGCUGCGGUCCGCCCCUGCCGCGCCGCUCCAACCUUGCUGCUGCGCUGCAGAGACAGCCCAAGCUGCAGCGCGAAUCUGGGCUCUGAGCAAGUUGACCGUGGCUCUGCGGCAGGAUUCCCGAGUCCGGAUUGCAGGAAGCCGGCUUAGCAGGCGCCUCCUUGCUCCCUCCGUGCCGCCUCUUGCGUGCUCUACUUUCCAUCUGCUAUUGUUCCAGAUUGUUUCUGGCGCCGAGCCUUGCUCUGAAACUUAAGAAAGUGCUGGAUUUCCUCUCGUUCGACUGAGGAAUCGUAGACCACAUCUGGGUAGCUGGAUUCAACCCAGCCACAACCCCGUUGGAUACCAAAGUGCUUACUCCUGUCCAAAGUGCCAUGCCUGAACUGCUACGGGGAAGAGGCAGCUUCUGAGACCCGCACCUGUGCGCCUGCUUGCCUGCCUUGCGCUUCUCCUUCCUGGCCACCUUCCUGGCUACAGGCAGCACGGAGAAAGUCCGCCUCGGAUGUGUGUGGAAACUGGUUCUCGGAGGCUGCGAGCUGAGGCUGGAUUUAGGGGAGGAAUAUUAGACUUGGAGGAGUCUGCGCGCUUUUCUCCUCCCAGUGCAUCGCGCGGUCGCCGCUAGUUCAUCGCUGGGUCCCCGCGCUCACUCCCCACCCCACCCACUUCCUGUGCUCGCCCGGGGGGCGUGUGCGUGCCACUACCGGAGUUCUGGGAAGUUGUGGCUGUCGAGAAUGGGGGUCUGUGGGUACCUGUUCCUGCCCUGGAAGUGCCUCGUGGUCGUGUCUCUCAGGCUGCUAUUCCUUGUACCCACAGGAGUGCCGGUGCGUAGCGGAGAUGCCACCUUUCCCAAAGCUAUGGACAACGUGACGGUCAGGCAGGGGGAGAGCGCCACCCUCAGGUGCACAAUUGACAACCGAGUCACCCGGGUGGCCUGGCUAAACCGCAGUACCAUCCUCUAUGCUGGAAAUGACAAGUGGUGCCUAGAUCCUCGUGUGGUCCUCCUGAGUAACACCCAGACCCAGUACAGCAUUGAGAUCCAGAAUGUGGAUGUGUACGAUGAGGGCCCUUAUACCUGCUCGGUACAGACAGACAACCACCCUAAGACCUCCAGGGUCCACCUCAUUGUACAAGUAUCUCCCAAAAUUGUAGAGAUUUCUUCAGAUAUCUCCAUUAAUGAAGGGAACAACAUCAGCCUCACUUGCAUAGCCACAGGUAGACCGGAGCCUACAGUAACCUGGAGACAUAUUUCUCCCAAGGCCGUUGGCUUUGUGAGUGAGGAUGAGUACCUGGAGAUCCAGGGCAUCACUCGGGAACAGUCAGGCGAGUACGAGUGCAGCGCCUCCAACGACGUGGCGGCACCAGUGGUACGAAGAGUGAAGGUCACCGUGAACUAUCCACCAUACAUCUCAGAAGCUAAGGGCACAGGUGUCCCCGUGGGGCAGAAGGGGACUCUGCAGUGUGAAGCUUCCGCAGUCCCUUCAGCAGAAUUUCAAUGGUUCAAGGAUGACAAAAGACUGGUCGAAGGAAAGAAGGGAGUCAAAGUGGAAAACAGACCUUUCCUUUCAAAACUCACCUUUUUCAACGUCUCUGAACAUGACUAUGGGAACUACACAUGUGUGGCCUCCAACAAGCUGGGUCACACCAACGCCAGCAUCAUGCUAUUUGAACUAAAUGAGCCUACAAGCUCAACUUUGUUGCAAGGUCCCGGUGCUGUCAGUGAGGUCAACAAUGGGACAUCAAGGAGGGCAGGCUGCAUUUGGCUCCUCCCUCUUCUGGUCUUACACCUGCUCCUCAAAUUUUGAUGUGAGUGCCCCUUCCCUGCUGGGGAGAGCUGCUGCCACCGCAUCUCAAUACAACAGCACUGCAAAAUGAAGCAACAAGUCAGAAUCAAAUGAAAUUCCGAGAAUCACAGCCAAUGAGACAGAAAUUCGAGGGAGGGGGACAAAGCAUACUGUGGUAAAGGGGAAAAAAAGGUUUAAGAAAAGGAAAUUUGGAAAUUGCCUUGCAGAUAUUUCGGUACCGCUGAGUUUUCUUUCUUUUCCCAAGUGGGAAGAAGGCACACCUAGCUUGGACCCACCCACAAGCUGCACUGUGUGACCUCUCUGUUGCCAGGGUGGGCAAGGGCUCAGCCACUCUGCCCACUAAAGUGCCCCACCAUGAAACAUUCUGGAGUUGGCCAUCCCAAAUUUCAUCGGUCCAUAGACACAAGCACAGAGCAAGAAACAAGGGCCUUAGAUGUGCCACGAAGGGCCCUUUGGUGGGCUGUGUGACAGUCGCGUGUGUCAUGAAGUGUGAAAUCUGGAGGAAGAAAAAAAAACAAGAGCAAAAGAAAAGAAAAGAAAAGAAGAGAAGAGAAGAGAAGAGAAGAGAAGAGAAGAGAAGAGAAGAGAAGAGAAGAGAAGAGAAGAGAAGAGAAGAGAAAAGAAAGAACAAACAAACGAAACAAGACAGCCUGACAGCACCAUAACCCCACAAGCAACAGUCACAAAAGAUACCAUUAAGCUUUUGUUUUUCAUUUUACCACAUGGACAUCACGGAUAAUAAGGGAUUCUGAUUCAUUAUUAAUUUUAUUAAUUAUAUUUUCUGAUAUGAGUCUAGAGCUUAGGGUAAAAAAAGAGAGAGAGAGACAAGACUAAAACUACACAGGCAAGGGCGAUGGGAAGUGUGUUUAAGUAUUAAAAGCGAAUAGUGUACUUCUUACCUAAGUUUACAUCUGGUGGACCAUUCACCAGGCAUUAAUCACCUGGUGAGGAUUUGGCAAAUCCACCAGAAACACAUGUGAUUUAACAAACACCUCCACCAGCGUUACAGAUUCCUCCUCAUCUCUUGCAGACAGUACUAUGCUAUCCAUACACUACUUAGACACAGAAGGUUGGUCUGCACCUCUAUCUUGGUUUGUUGGCUAUGCUUCCUUUGAUGACAUAUAUUAUACAGUAUAUAUAUAUACAUAUAUUUUUUUUGUUAGAGUUCUAGCCAUUUUCUUUCUCAGCAGGGUCCUUCUCAGACAUUACUGCAUGCUGUAUAUGGCGUUAGCUGUGUGUUGAUCUUCUAAAAGAUGAUAGAGUUUACCGGUAAUUGUGUAAUCAGCUCCUUCCUUCCUUUUUUUUUUCCCUUUGGGUUAUUUACAUGUCAGAGACAUUUCUACAAAGCAGAAAGGACAACAGAAACAAUAACUAAUACCAGGCGCAGCAUCUUUCCAGGUGUGGCUCUCUGAGGAGGAGGCCUCCAGCUUGGCUUCUCCAUCACACCUUGGGGCAUUAACGGACAGCAAGCAACUGAAACAACUAAACCAACAGUAAUCACUUGCUUAAGCCCAUUGUGGGAAUCCCUGAUGCCUUUUUGACUACUGGAGAACAUAAUCCUCUUGGUUUAUUUUUAUUUAAUUUUCCACCUUUGUGUGAGUGUGUAUGAAAGAGAAGAAAAAAAAAUGCAGUUUUUAGGUAACCAUUUUUUCCCUUCCCGAAGUCUGGGGACCAGAGAGGCCUCGGGGAGGGGUCCUGGAUGUGAUGAGGGAAACUGGGAUGGGGGAUAGGGGAGGGAAGGGUUGUCUCUGACUUGACAUUAAAAAGUGUUCCAUGUCCCUCUUC